GCUUUCAAGGGACGCAUUCUUUCACCUCCAACAGAAUGGAUCAAGUUCAGAUUGUUAUACAAUUAAUAAUCGGCUGCACACUGGUGAUGUCACAGUUACGGUUUUCCGACAAUCAAUUGCCGCCUAAAUCCGGUAUCUAUUACGAAAAUAUAGGGCCAAUUAAAAUUGUUACCAAUACGUGGGACCUAGUAUUUUUUCUUGACACAUCGGGUUACAACGAACAAUGGGACAUAAUUGAAGAUCAUAUGCAUAAAUUACAAAGCAUGUGUACCGAACUUGACGGACCAACUUUCGUAACACCAGUAGGGUGCCAACCAUUAUUAAAUCAUGUUUUAUUAAUAAACAAAAAACUGCUUAAGCGUAAACAAUUACUAUUAGACUCUGUCGAACUUAGAUUCCGCCGGGGAAUAAUACAGUACACAAGAUUAAAACAAAUUCAAAAUUUUCAAUUUUACUUUUCAAACCAAAUGCCAAUAGGUUCGUUCGGUUGUUUUCUUGCUGGUAAGGGCCAUACAAGUCAAAGCUUACAUCAAUGA